GUAGCGCAGUCGUGCUCUUUCUUCAUAGCAUUCACAUUCACCGUAUCGUGCGAAUUAUUAUUAUUUUAUUUUAUUUUAUUUUAGAAAUCACAUCCGUGGUAGAAAAUAGUGAAAAAAAAGUUUAUUUUUUGAAAUUCAAUUGUAAUAUAUUUGCAUAAAAGUAUAAAUAAUAAAAAUGUCACGUUAUCGUGAAUGGGAUUUACAAUGCAAAGUGUAUGUUGGGAAUUUGGGCUCAUCGGCGUCAAAGCACGAAAUUGAGAAUUCAUUCAGUAAGUAUGGCCCAUUGCGAAAUGUAUGGGUUGCACGAAACCCACCCGGCUUCGCUUUUGUCGAAUUUGAAGAUCGUCGCGAUGCUGAGGACGCGGUUCGAGCUCUAGAUGGAUCUCGUUGCUGUGGCACGAGGAUCCGUGUCGAAAUGUCAUCCGGCCGAUCACGACGAGACGAUCGUAAAGGAGGUGGUGGUGGUGGUGGACGUGGCGGCGGCGGUGGCGGUGGCGGUAGAAAUAGGUACAGGGUCUUAGCUUCUCUCAUCUCGAAUCAUCACUUCAAUCAUACUACACAUCCACUACUACUAUCUACUACUCUAUGUCUACAAACCGUAUUAUUCGCCAUCUUCGUCUUUCUUCUUCCAUUUCGUAGCGUUUGUCGGGAUAAAACAGGCAAAUGUCUCGACAUUGGAUCGGCCAACAUUUUCAAUUUAAUGUGCGUUCGCAAGCAUAUUGUCGCCACUUGAACAGCGUGCUAAACAAUAUAUUUUCAUAUGGACGCAAUAUUUUCCAAUCGUUUUGGAUCAUAACGAGAAAAAAACCACUUGGAACGAAAAUCGUUUUUGAAAAAAACGUCAACCAAUUCCAUCACACAUUUCGAGUUCGCGUCGAAAAGAAUAAAAAAUGAGUGUUUUUUUCCCUAGUGAAACAUAAAAUUUGAACAAUUUUCUUCGGGGGAAAAAACGGAAUAACUCUUUUAUGCAAGAAAAAGACAUUUGUUUUCUACGAAAGAGCUCGUGUUUUGUAUCAUUUCUCCCGGAACAGGGAUUGCAUUUCGUACAUCAAAUAUUUAACAGUCUACUUGUGCCGGUGGAUAUGACUUCCAACACCGAAACGUAAUUCAACAAAUAACGCGGCCCGAACUUUUCGGACACACACACACACACACACACAUACAUUUUCCAUCAGUUCAACGCUUUCCUGAACGAUCACAUUCAUCAAGGCUUAAUCAAAUCAACUGGAGUCAACUUCCAGCACUUCGUGGCAUUAUCCAUCCAAACGACUUCCAGCUACGCAUUUCAUUUCUAAACCAUUUCAACGAAUUUGCUCUUCGUUCAAAUUCUAUUUCGAAUUGUCAUCGAUUCAUUCGAUAAUUGAAUUUCAAUUGCAUACGAUUUGGAUUGAUUGAUUUCAUUGCAUCGGGUCCGCGCAAACAUGAUCCGAAGCGUCGUUAGCACAACCGGUUCACGAUACGCGAACGCACGUUUGAUAGUUAAGAACCGAAAAAAAAACAUACACGAGAAAAAAGUAUAUAGUUGGAUAUAUGAAGUUGGUGUAGAAUAAGAAGAAAGCCCCUCCCUCUACUUUCAACAUGAAAAAAAUCGCUUCCUGAAUCAAAAUCAAACCAAACAAAACUCCAUAAACAAAACAAAUCCGAGCCUGAGUUCAAAUGACCAUAAAUGGCGAUGAGUUUUUGCUACUAAAUCCAUCCACGCUGUGCUCCGACCGCCACACAACGAAAUGACACAGAAAAACACAAACACACACACACACACACCCAAAAUAAAGAAAAAUAAAUCGAAAAACAGUCGACAUCAAAAACUACAUGCCUCCAUAUCUAUGAAAACCAAAAUACCCGAUACCGCGCCAACGGUCAACACCUGUCCAUCAUUGUGGCGUGUUCUUCGCUUUCAUCAAGCUUCUUCUCUUCCAUCAAGCAGACAAUGCAACAUUUCUCAGCCCUGCCGCCUAAACAAACCACAAAUUGUAUCGACAAUCCAAAAGAAACACAGAGAGAAAAAGAAACUCGUCUUUUUUUCCCUUUGUUUGACAAAUUAACUCAACAUUAUCGGCAUCAUAGACAGCAAACAUCGCCCGAGAAUUUCCACUAAGUGCUUUUCACUCAACACAACCACAUCGAAACUAACCAACCCACACACACACACACACUCAACGCGAUACUGAACUCAAAUUCUGAAUGCACGCACGCUUCCGUAUGUCGUAGGCACUUAAAGUCAAUCGAUAAAAUCAACAGCGCUCGAAUUUCCACAAAACAAAACACAAAAAAAACCCAUAGAAAUUCUGAAACAAACCCCGGUCAGCUUCAUCAAAUAGCCACAAAUUUGAUGCGUUGACGCCAGCAAAUCUGCUCGACUUCAUACAUACACACACAAAUUUUGAAAGAAAAAACCAAAAAUCAGAAAAACAAUCCCCGUUAGAGUAGGAUAGACAUCAACCGUCUAGAUACUACCUCUGCUCAACAGCUACUAGAGUUGCUUCAUGAGACACACACACAAAAAC